AUGAAUAUUUUAAAUCUCGAAAAGUUUUCAAUGCCCGUAGUGGUCAAAGAAACUUCCAUAGUAGAAGCUGAAGAGCCCGUAAUAGCACAGAAAAUACAGCCGAAUAGCCCUAAUGAUUUAGGUGAUAUUCACACCGGGCCAUACCGACCAAUAUUACAGGUGUAUCCAAAAACCAAACAUGGAACUCAAAACAGAAGUUUUAGUGCUUCAUGGUAUGAUCACUUUCCAUGGAUUGAGUACAGUAUCGAGAGUAAUGCAAUUUAUUGUUAUGUGUGCCGUAUAUUUGGUAAUGAGACUUCAGAGGAUACAUUUGUCAAAAUAGGAUUCAACAAUUGGAAAAAGCUUAGUGGCUCUAAAGGGAAAGGAUCAAAAUCAAAAUUACAACUUCAUGGCAGUUCUAAUCACCAUUUGGUAUGUUCAGCAAAAUGGUUUGCUCUUAAACAAACAAAAAAGUCAGGUUCUGUUCACACUAGCUUAGAAACUGCAAACCGAGAACAAAUUUCUAUAAACCACAAGGUCUAG